GGCGCGCGCGCGCACGUGUCCCGCGGCCCUUCCCGACGGCCGGGCCCCUCUCGCCGCAGGGUCACCAACGGGGGCAAGACCACCCUCACCCGCAAGCUGAUGCAGGCCCUGCCCAACUGCAGCGUGGUGCACCAGGAUGACUUCUUCAAGCCCCAAGAUGAAAUAGAAGUUGAAGAUGGGUUUAAACAGUAUGAUGUGAUUAGUGCAUUAGAUAUGGAAGCUAUGAUGAGUACCAUAAACGCCUGGAUAAAAAACCCAGUCAAAUUUGAACGUUCUCAUGGGAUUAACAACACUCUGGAUGUCCCGAUCUUACAAGAUAAGGAGGGAGGAGACAAAACAAUCCACAUUCUUAUUGUUGAAGGCUUCCUACUUUACACCUACAGGCCACUGAUUGAUGUAUUCCACCAUCGAUUUUUUCUUUCCAUUCCAUAUGAAGAGUGUAAAAGGAGAAGAAGUUCAAGGAAUUACACUGUACCGGAUCCACCUGGAUUGUUUGAUGGCCACGUUUGGCCUAUGUAUGUAAAGCACAGGAAGAUAAUGGAAGAUCUUGGAGUUGAUGUGGUGCACUUGAAUGGAACAAAAUCAAAGGAGGAGCUGUUUAAUGAUGUGUAUGGACAGAUCCAGAAUAAGAUUGAAGAAUUACUUGACAUGCAGAAAUAAGCUGCUGCUGGUGAUUCUUGUCAGUGAAGAUGAUUCCUGUUUGCUCUGCGCUGCCUGCCUGACUGCCACUAAAGUUCCAGCUUCUGUGAAGACUCUCAACUCUUAUAUUUGACUUUGUUCGUAUGGUCAUAAUUAAAAAGCACUUCCCCCUUGUCUGUCAUCUUAAUUUGUGCUUCAGCCUAGUAUGUGGCCUCAGAUGAUCUCAAGUGUUCUCCCACUCUCCAGUCUAUGGGGAAUUCUUUUCACUAUGUUCUUAACCUGUGAGAGUAAAACACUAUAGCAGAACUGAAGCAGCACAACUAGCUUAUGUACAUAUACUGCUUUGGGUUCUUUCAAUAACUUGCUUGAAUUUCUAUAAUCUAAUUAGGCAGUAAGUAUGCUUCUUGACGCAGAAAUUAGGAUUGAUUUUGCUUUUCAAAAAAUGAGAGAACAAUAGGAGCUUUUCAGGCCAUUUUACUAGCAUUGAAUUAUUCUGUUAAAUCCAGUGCAUGCAUUGAUUGUGGAUGUAGACAAUUCUGUUUAGAGUCAGGGAGAAAAUUUUACAUAUACAACAGCUUUAAAAUUAUUGAUUUCUCUAGAAGAUUUCGAUAGUGUUCUGUAGCUUAAUGCACAUUCAAACUCCUGUGUAUGUACAGAAGUGGUUAAAGGCCUUGGUUUACAUAGAACAGCAGUAAAAGAGCAUAUGAAGGCUUAAUGACU